CAGCAUACAUAUGCUGUGGUGCUGCUCUUGUGCUGCCCAUUGCCAGUCCUUGCGGGUAGGAUGCCGGAGCUCCUCUGUUUUGCGGUACUUUCUUUUAUCCUCACUUUUCCCCACUCUCCCUCUUGAAUUUUGUUUGAUAAUGACGCUGAGAAUUUGGUUUUGGUGUUUUUACACCAAUAAGUGAGUUAUUGUUUUUAUUAUUAUCAUUAUUAUUAUUCUUGUUAUUUUGUGUGUGUGGUAGAUGUUUUGUCUUACUGUUGUCGGGAAUCUGAUUUGGACGCCGAUUUUGGGACCAAUGCAUCGAAAUCGCACUAAUUGACUACCGUAGUAUGUUUGGAGGAUCUUUGGCGUGACGCACGGACUGCGCCAAUGGAGAGCUUUUUGAACCAAAGUGACUUGUGGCCGGUAAAUGACUCGUGGUCCUCCGAGUCGAACCACACGAACCCCCUGAAGAGGAACGAGGAGGUGGCCAAGGUGGAGGUGACCGUCCUCGCCCUGAUUCUCUUCCUGGCGCUCACCGGCAACUUGUGCGUCCUGGCGGCCACCCACAGCGCCAAGCACAGCCAGUCGCGCAUGUACUACUUCAUGAAGCACCUGAGCAUCGCCGACCUGGUGGUGGCUGUCUUCCAGGUCCUGCCUCAGCUCAUCUGGGACAUCACCUUCCGUUUCUACGGGCCGGAUCUACUUUGCAGGCUGGUCAAAUACCUUCAGGUGGUGGGCAUGUUCGCCUCCACUUACAUGCUGGUGCUCAUGUCCGUGGACAGGUGCCUGGCGAUCUGCCAACCUCUGCGCUCCCUGCACAGGCGGAAGGAUCGCUUCUACGUGGUGUUCUCCUGGAGCCUCAGCAUGCUCCUCAGCAUUCCUCAAAUGUUCAUCUUCUCCCUUCGGGAGGUGGGCUCGGCCGGCUCCGGAGUGUACGACUGCUGGGGCGACUUCGUCAUGCCGUGGGGUGCCAAGGCGUACAUCACGUGGAUCAGCCUGACCAUCUACAUUAUCCCGGUGGGGAUCCUGAGCGUGUGCUACGGUCUGAUCAGCUUCAAAAUAUGGCAGAACUUUAAACUGAAGACCAGACGGGAGCAGUGCAUGAGCCUGACGCCCAAGGUCGGCAAAGGAGGCGGCGCGUUGGCGCGGGUGAGCAGUGUCAAACUCAUCUCCAAGGCCAAGAUGACCACCGUCAAGAUGACUUUUGUCAUCGUGCUGGCGUACAUCGUGUGCUGGACUCCCUUCUUCUCCGUACAGAUGUGGUCCGCGUGGGACCAUGCCGCCCCACGCGAGGCUAUGCCCUUCAUCAUCUCCAUGUUGCUGGCCAGCCUCAACAGUUGUUGCAACCCGUGGAUCUACAUGUGUUUCGCGGGCCACCUCUUCCACGACCUGCGGCAGAAUUUCCUGUGCUGCCCCGGACGCUACCUCAAUUCGUCGAGGUGCCGCUGCGAGCGCGACUUGGACUCCAGUCACAAGAGCAUCUCGUCCACCUUGGUCAUUAAGAGCACCGGCAGCCAGAGGAGCAUCACGCAGACGUCCAGCACGUGAGCGCUGAGGCCGCCAUUUUACACAACGAGACUCUUUCUUGAACCAGAAGGACGUUCAUAAAAAAGAAAUAUUCAUAAUUUUACAAAGUAUUUACAGAACAGCGAUUUAUGGUGUAAAUAUAGUCUGACUAAUGGAUGAACAGAAUAUUUGAAUGCAAUGAAUGUUUUCAGGAUAAUUAUGGAAUAAGCCAAGCAAUCAACCUUUGUUUGCUUAUUUUUAUGUUUUGUUCUUUUAGAUGUACAGUACAUACACACAUACCAGCGACAAUAUUGGGCACACUCGCAAAAUCAACGCAACGGCAACCGUAAAUGAAUCUUGCACAGAUUUUUUUAAUGUUAACUUUUGAUGGACACUGUCAGAGAUCAAACCAUUGGAGAUCAUUUUCAAUCCAAAAAUGAUCCUACCUGCCUUCCCCGUAAAUUAAUCUGCA